UUUUUUUUACCAUCUCCUUUCUUCAUAUUUUAUUUUGCAAUUCUAUUUUCUUUCCUAGAUGUCUUCCUCUCCUCCUCUUCUCUAUUUGUUUCUGGUGUGUGUCCUCUCUAUCCUCCAGAUGGUGCUCCAUUCUCAGCUCUCAGUCCUUUCUCCCCCCAAAAAACCUUAAACUCUGGCAAUCUGAACACACAUACAACUACAAAUUCGGUUAACGGAGCUGGUGUGUGUGUGUGUGUGUAUGCGCGCGCAUAUAUGUGUGUGUGUGUGUGUGUGUGUGUGUGUGUGUGUGUGUGUCAGAUGACCACAAACUUUUUCCAUUGCGCCUCAAAUCUUCCGAAUGGAUGGAAAGCGCCACAUUUAGGCCUGCACUCCAUCAAAAAAGCUUUGUCUAACACACUUCCCUUCAGUCUCGUCCCUCGGGCUCUGUUUUUAUCAUGAUUUGAAGGCUUUUUCUUCCUUUCGCAGACGCAGAAAGAAAGAGGGAACGCUCAGAGAACUUUUUAUUAUUUGACAGGACGAAGAGGAAGAAAGGAAAAUAAACAUUUUAAAACAAAAAACUUUGUUAGAACUGACAAAUUGAUGAAGUGGUGCUGAUUUUGACGAGACACCCGCGCCCUUGUUUGAAUCAUGGGUGACUGGAGCACCUUGGCGAAGCUUCUCGAUAAGGUGCAGGUGUACUCGACGGCCGGAGGCAAGCUCUGGCUCUCCGUCCUCUUCAUCUUCCGCAUCCUGGUGUUGGGAACCGCUGUGGAGUCGGCGUGGGGCGACGAGCAGUCGGCGUUCGAGUGCAACACGCAGCAGCCGGGCUGUGAAAACGUCUGCUACGACAAAUCCUUCCCCAUCUCGCACGUACGCUUCUGGGUUCUGCAGAUCAUCUUCGUCUCUGUGCCGACGCUCCUUUACCUCGGCCACGUGCUCUUCCUCAUGCACAAGGACGAGAAGCUGAAGAAGAAGGAGGACAGGCUGAGGAAAGCCGAGCGGGAAGGGAGCAACGUCCACGCUCGACUUCACAAGAUCCAGGCCAAGAAGUUCAAGUACGGUUUAGAGGAGCCUGGAAAGAUCAAAAUGAGAGGAGCCUUGUUUUACACCUACAUCGUAAGCGUGGUGUUGAAAUCGGUAUUCGAGGUGGCGUUCUUGCUCAUACAGUGGUACCUUUACGGAUUCCGUUUAUCGGCCGUUUACACGUGCGAGAGGUUCCCCUGCCCGCAUAAAGUGGACUGCUUCCUGUCUCGUCCUACGGAGAAAACCGUGUUCAUCAUGUUCAUGCUCGUGGUGUCCUUGAUCUCGCUGGCUCUUAAUGUCUUCGAGUUUUUCGCCGCCAUCUUCAAGAGGAUGAAGGAUCAUUUCAGAGAGGCCGAGAAGCUGCUGGACAUGGAGAGCACGAUCAGGCCGUGCCGUGGAGAGGACAUGUCCGGCUACGGGUACCACUGCUCGGCUCCUGCGUCUAACCUGGGCUACAAUUUAGACACGGCCGAUAAAUCCAACUCCUCGGAUAAUUUUGACAAACAGGCCAACGAGCAGAACUGGACGAACUACAGCACCGAGCAAAAUCAGCUCGGCCAGAGAGAUUACUGCCCGUCUCAGACGUUUGUGUAUCCUCAGAAAAUGCCUCUAGGUAAAGACCUCCUGCUUCUUAAACAGCUCGACCCUCGACCCCAGAGUCGCUCUAGCAGUCGUGCCCGGCCUGAUGACCUGGACAUCUAGGAGUUUACACUUUUUUUGUUUAAUAUCUUGUAUCAAAAUAUGCUCUCAAAAUGUUCUCAUUGAGUACUCUAAAUACUGUGAGCUCCUCAGUCUAGCUACAAGGAUGAAUUAAUGCUUUAACGAGAUUCCGCUCCACGUUGAUUACAGUGAGAAGAAAUACAUUUGGGCAAUUCCA